AGGAGGCAACCGUAACAAUUACGUCUGGGUCCAGGCAAACAUGAGGCAGCUGCCAGCCAACCCAGCAGUCCUCUUCUCCUCUGCUGGGAAGCAGGGAGGCUAGCAACAGUUUCCUUCAGCACCCAGGAUGCAGCGGGCCAAGGAGGUGAUGAAGGUAUCAGAUGGCAGCCUCCUGGGGGACCCCGGGCACACCCCGCUAAGCAAGAAGGAGGGCGUCAAGUGGCAGAGGCCACGGCUCACGCGGCAGGCCCUGAUGCGGUGCUGCUUGGUCAAGUGGGUCCUGUCCAGCACAGCCCCUCAGGGCUCAGACAGCAGCGACAGUGAGCUGGAGCUGUCCACGGUGCGCCACCAGCCAGAAGGGCUGGACCAGCUGCAGGCACAGACCAGGUUCACCAGGAAGGAACUGCAGUCCCUCUACAGGGGCUUCAAGAAUGAGUGUCCCACAGGCCUGGUGGAUGAAGACACCUUCAAACUCAUUUACUCGCAGUUCUUCCCCCAGGGAGAUGCCACCACCUACGCACACUUCCUCUUCAAUGCCUUCGAUGCAGACGGGAAUGGGGCCAUCCGCUUUGAGGACUUUGUGGUCGGCCUCUCUAUCCUCCUGCGAGGAACAGUGCAUGAGAAGCUCAAGUGGGCCUUUAACCUCUAUGACAUUAACAAGGACGGCUACAUCACCAAAGAGCCAAGCCCAUGCCAGCCCUCCGGCCCCCUCCAGGAGAUGCUGGCCAUCAUGAAAUCCAUCUAUGACAUGAUGGGCCGCCACACCUACCCCAUUCUGCGGGAGGAUGCACCUCUGGAGCACGUGGAGAGGUUCUUCCAGAAAAUGGACCGGAAUCAGGAUGGGGUGGUGACCAUUGACGAAUUCCUGGAGACCUGUCAGAAGGACGAGAACAUCAUGAGCUCCAUGCAGCUGUUUGAGAAUGUCAUCUAGGACAUGUCGGGGGUGGGGGUUCUCGAGUGCUCAUUGCCUCCUCUGCCCUCAGAGAAACUUCAGUCCUGCCCGGAGCAGCCGCCAUGAGAAACCUUUUUCUAAUAUAUUUGCAAAAAGUGACAAUUUGCUCCAGACACACACACACACACACACACACACACACCAUUCUUCUGGGAUGGCAGAAGGGGGACGGAGGUCAGGGAGGGGCUGAGUCUGUCUGAGAGCCAGGCCCACAUGAGGAGAGCCGCAUACCCUAGCCCAGGCCAGCCCCCAGCCCAGGCCCGUGGGGCAUGGCUGUCUCUGGGGUGGGCAGCAGAAAAACAGCCUCUGCAGGCCGCUUGUUGCUGGGCGUUGCCAGGAAAGGGGUCAAGCUCCACAGAGGAGGGUCCUGUCUCCAAAGCAAAGGACCCUCCUGUGUGAGCCCCCCUGCCCCUCCUUCCUGCCACCCUUCUGUCCCACCGCAUGUGGCCAGGUUCCAGGGGCUGCUCUUGCCUUGUUCCCCGAAGGGCCCUGCCCACAAUGACACUCCCAGAAUGCCCCUCACCUGAGGACACUGGAGGGGCAGCUGGGAGUCAAGGGAGUUGGGAUAAGGCACAAGACUGCUCACCCCAACAUCAUCAUAGGUCCUGAGGUCACAUGGCUCAGGGCCUGGCUGCCAAGGAGCCAGAGGGGCAGAAUAGGCCUGGGAAGGGGCUUCUCCCUCCCUCCUUCCUGUCAGUCCAUCUCCUGGGCCCAGCAGCCUGGAUAAGUUCCCCAGCCCCCACCCCUCACUUCCAGGUCAGGGCCCUGAAGCAGUGUGGUCGCCCCUCCACACUAGCUCACCCCAGCCCCAUCAAGAAGCACAAGCAUCCCCAGCAACUCAGGCCACAGCCCACAAGGGGAGCCAGGACACUGCUUUUCCAAGACAAGGCCUUCCUAGUGGGCUGAGACUUGGAUCCCAGCAGUCCCAAAUCCGGAUGGCCCCAGGGCACACGCAUCGGGGUCAGUUCUGUGCCUCAGAGCAGUGGGGGCUUGAAGCCCAUCCCCAGCCCAGCUCACCAACAUUCAAAAGCACAAACCCUGGGGACUCUGCUUGGCUGGGUUCUGCUCUGGGGAUGGAGGUGAUGUCAGCCAGAGCCAGUGAUGAGGGCGGAGGGCCCUGAAGCAGGGUGGCAGGUCAGAAACCUCCAGGAGAGAGAGAGAGAGAGGCUGCUCCUGCCUGCCUAGGCCUCCCAGAGAAGGAACCCGGUCCCAGGCAGCACGGGCCCUUCUGAAGACAUCCCCAUACCAUACAUUCCAUCAGCUGCCGCCCUGUCCCUGCUCCCGCCUGGCCCUAGGGCAAACAGGGCCUUCGAAGGAAUGGCCAGGUGGCAAAGGCCGUGGACAUUGGCCUGGCUUGGCCUCAGGGACCCCUGGGCACCCCACACAGGUAGUCCUUCCCCUUGGAGUUGCACUGACACCCCACCUCCAGUCUGACUGGGGGGUCCCUCUCCCCUCCUCUAGGAGGGCAUCAGCUUUCCCUGGCUCAGGGAUCUUUCCCCCAUCCCCUGACUCCAGCCCAGCCCUCCCAGUUGGUGUAGCACUGCUUCUGAGGGGCCGAGGCAAAAGGAGAGGGUCACCGCGAUGCUCCCGCCCCCCCUUGGGCUCAGGCCAACUGGCUGCACAGUCAACCAGGAGGGGUCUCUCCCAGCUUGGAGUGUGGACUGGCCGCAUGUCUGCAUGGCAGAAGUGUCUGCUGGGGCAUGGCCUGGGAGGGUGGUUCCUGUUCUCAGCGCCCACCAAUAUUCAGUCCUGUAUAUUUUAAUAAAAUAAACUUGACAAAGGAAA